AUGUCGAGAAACCAUGGAACUCACCGUGUUAGUGCAUUGAAACGUCUCGGCAAAUCAUCAAUAAUCAACAACAUCAAUCGUCGACAACUAUUCGCAGAAGAGGAGCUGUCUGCGAAACCCACACGAAAUAUCGUGGUGAAUCGAGGCUCACCCUAUGAUCAUCACCCAAUGUCGUCAUCGCCAUAUGAUAUACGACAAAUACCAUCGUCACCAUAUCGACCAGUGUUAACAAAUACAAUCCCUCGGAAAAGUGUUGAGACAGUGAAUAAUGAGAAAGAGAAAGUGAUUGUAGUCACUGGGUUGAAGAAUACGCAAUUGAAAGAUGGACGAAUUGUUCCAACGACAUCAGCUGAUAACAACCGAAGGGAACAAAAUAAGAAUAUCUUCGCAAUUGGAUCCUCAACUUUUGUCACUAUCCGCAAUAAUAAUAAUGUUAAUAUUGGAAUGAACCCAACACAAGAGACAGUUUCUCUGACUAAAACUAUUACAAAUACAGCCCUUCGCCGAGGAGAGGAAGCUGAUCGUUUAAAUCCAAUAAAACAUAUUUCUACUACUCAAUCCAACCAGCAAUUACGGUUUAGCGUAGUGAAUGAUAAAUAUCAAAAAACAUUAACAACGAUGGCAGGACCAUCAAACUCUCCUCCACUCGUUAAACAUCUGCAUGAUGCUGGUAUUCAAACGACACCAACGUCAUUUGCAUCACGUUCACCGAUUCGAACGAAUGCUCAGCGGCAACUCUCAUCGAACACAAUGGAGGAUCAAGAUCGUACGAUAACUCGAACAAUUGAUGAAGAAUUCUAUGAACCACCAAGCAAACGUACAACUUGCGUAGCACGAAAAACAACGACUGAUAGAGAACAUACAUUGGCAUCGACAAUUGCUACGAAUGUCGGUUCAAUGAAACGAACUUCGGCAGGUACACCAGUAACAGCAAACGCGACGGCGAAUACGUCAACAACGUCUAAGCCGGCUCCAACUGCUCAGUGUCAAUCAAUUCCCGGAACAGUUUUAGUCACUAAUCUUCUCCCGUCUGUUAGUAAUGAAGAUGUUAUUGAACUUUUUACACAAAUUGGUCGAGUCAACCAAAUCACGAAAUUGAGUGCAGGUUGUAUAGAAAUUCUCUAUACUAAACGCGAAGACGCUGAACAAGCUGUGGCAAGAUACCACAAUCGAUUGUUAGACGGACAAUUUAUGUAUGUUAGCCUUCAACAAACGGCACCACCACCAUCUCCGCCGGUAGUCACUCAAGCUUCAAAACCGACAAAUCACGUCACAUCGAAACCACCAAGUGGCAACACACACCGCUCAACAAAACAAACCGAAUCUUCGACUAACGCUUCAUCGACCACGGUUAAUCAACCAUUGAAGUUCAACACUACGUCAACUACUUCCAAUAAGGGUAGUCUUGAUCCGACAUUUAUUCGACAAGCACUUUUUAAUCCAUCGAAUAACACACAUCCUGUACAAUUUCAAGUUAAACUGUAG